CCGGUAUUCAUAAUUCCUGCUAGCUAACGUUAAUGCAAGUUUUGAACCCCACUUGAAUUGGGAAAACUUGUUUGUUAAUAACUCUUGUCACUGACACGAUGCUGAGGAAUCUUGUGAGAUUGCACAUUCGUGUGGGGCAUGCCCUCUCUCCCCCCAUUGUCUACCCAAGAAGUCAAGCUCUCAAGCUGCCGCUCACUCUACUCUCUGUGAACUCAAAAUAUUACUCCAUUAUCACAGAAAGAAAGAAAUUCUACAAGGAUGUCAGCAUAUCCCACGGAGAGGCAGGUGGCAUGUUUGAGAUCAACCUGGACCAACGGAAAAUGAAGACACCAGGAGGAAAGCUGUUCACAGCCCCCAACGAAGCCUUAGCCAUUGCUGUGGCAAAUGAGUGGGAUACUCAGAAAGACACGCUCAAGUUCUACAGCAUGCAUAUGACCACUCUCUGCAACACAGCCCUCGAUAACCCUACAUUCCGCAGCAAGGACCAAAUAAUCACUGCUGCCCUGAAGUAUCUGGAGACUGACACAAUUUGUUACAGAGUUGAGGAGCCUCCAACUUUAGUGGAGCUUCAGAAUAAUGAAUGGGACCCUGUGCUGAACUGGAUUGAAGACAGGUACAACGUAGUCAUUGGCUCUUCUACCAAUAUACUGGGGCCAGAGAUCCCACAGGCAACGAUGGAUACUUUUCGCCAGCACCUGGGUUCCUAUAACUUCUGGUCAAUGACAGGACUGGAGUAUGUGAUCACCCAGCUGAAGUCUGUGGUGCUGGCAUUUGCAUUGAUUGACAAACACAUUACAGUGGAGCAGGCCGUGCUGCUGUCACGACUAGAGGAGGAGUUCCAGAUUGGGCAUUGGGGAAAUGUAGAGUGGGCUCAUGAUGUUGACCUGUAUGAGCUGAGAGCACGUACAGCAGCAGGGGCUCUGUUUGUACAUUUCUCCUCUGAGAGUUCAACGGUCAAACGCAAACUCAUGCAAGACUAAGGAGGCCCUUUGGCGCUUCCUUGGGGCAAACAUACAAGCUCAGACAGCACUCUAAGAGCAAAGACAACAAAGGCAGUGUACUGGCCUCUGACUGGGAAGAAAUCCCAACUCCUUAGGACUUGAAUUUAUCUCUGGUGUUGUCCUUGGUGGAACAAAAACACAUUUUAUCUGCACAGGUCCGUGACAUAAUCUGCCGUUUAUAAAACGUCCUGUGAUGAUUCAUUUCAGUAAAGAGGAACCGUCUCCUCUGCCACUCCUUCCCUAUAAAGUACAGCCAAGUAUGAUGAUCAUCUCUUCUACAUGUGUUUUGAAUCACUAACCAGGUUUCCAUCCAACCUUUUUAUGGGAGUAAAGUACAUGUGGGACAAAAAUAUCAUGGCAGGCUUGAUGGAAACAGAACAUUUGUCUGCAAACGUUACAAAUGUCGACAAAACACAAUAUGAUAGACAAGUUGGGCUCUUUUUGUAUCGGUCAAAUUAAUUACAUGAGAAACGUUGGUGGAAAUUAUUUUAAGUAUUGAUAUAUUAACCAUCAUAUCGAUGUAAACUUGGAGUCGGCUGAUAACGUGUGGUUCUCCCUCUGACUAGUCUGGAAAGUAUUCACCGUUUGGGAACCACUGUAUUGGGCUACAGAUUAAAUAAAGUGUAAGGUGAUCAACUCAAUUGAUGCCCCUUUCCAAUAAAUAUAGAGGGUCUUAUUCUAGUGACAUGAUCAUCGAUGCUUGGCUGCUGUUUGACACAAAAUAAUCUCGUUUGCUAGAGCUCACGUGCCAAUACCAGAGUGGGCACACUCGCUAUAUAACACAUUGUUUUGUGUGAGAACCAUCAGUAGAGUCCAAUUUGUAAGUCGCUCUGGAUAAGAGCGUCUGCUAAAUGACUUAAAUGUGAAUGUAGAGUUGAAAAUGCGAUUGAAACCCAUUUAACUUGUUUUUGUUAUUCGGUACAUGGGAAUUUAACGCAACGGGUAGGUGCGUUACGUCAUCACGCAUCUACGUCAUUGAUGGAACCACAUCUCGGUGGGAAAAUGCGUAUUUUGUUCUUAUGCAGAUUUUUUUUUAAUAUUCCCAUGAAAAUCUGUCCCCAAUUGGAUGGAAACCUAGCUAGUACCUCAGUCAUCAGUGACUUUUUAGAACAUCGGAUGUUUUUAUGGAAACAGUAAGUGUUACCCUCUAUCUGUUUCAGCCCAGACUUCUCACCCACUCCCACUGUAUUUAUUAUGUGGUGACUAGCUUGUACAAAGUUUACUCUUUUGCUUCAGUAAAAAUUUAAUAAAUCUAUCAAUGGGUCAAA